CUCCAUGUGCAUCGCCUGGCCCAAAUUGUCACCUCGCCCAAACCGCAACCGCUUCAAUCCAACGCUUGGCUUCUGCUUUACCGGCCGAUCUGCCCAUGGCCACCGCUAGCAUGCCCUUGAGCCUCAACCUCGCUUGCAACCCCACGGUCCAGCCACUGCCCACGCUCGUCUCUGUCCAUUACCCCAGUCUUGGAGCCACUCACCAAUGCUUCUAUUGCUGCUCCGACGUGCAAGAAUGGCCCUCAGCCCACGGUACCUGGCAGUUUGACCUUCCGCCGUUUCGUAUCAAGCCCUAUGCUAUUACCGGACACUGAGGCAUGGGCCACGUUAACAGAGCUUCACUAUUCUUGACAUCUCCACCUAAAACGUUCUGAAGUGUGAUGAUCCGCCAGGGAACCUUAGCGUCUCCAUGUCACGACUGCUUUAAUAUAAGGCCCAUACCGCUCUGCCCAGAAGCUGAAUAUCAUCAUCCGUGGUUGUAUCGACUUUUCCAUUCGAUCACUCUCUGGAAGAGACCUUUUUUUUUUCCCCUUUUCCCCUUGUUUCCUUCUCUUCUUUCCCUUUCUUCCAUUCUUCCCCGUCAUCGUCGCCGGCGACGACCCUGCUGGCAGAUCCAGACGACUUUUCCCACCUACAACCCACUCGUUGUCGUUGAUUACUUAUAAUCCACUAUGGACGUCAUGGAUGAGAAGCCCGUGUGCGGAAGCGACGCUGAUGGCGCCGAGUACGAUUUCCCUCUCCACGUGGCCGCAGUCUUCAUCGUCUUCUUCGCUAGUAUUUUUGGUUGUGGUUUCCCCGUCGUAGCCAAGAAGGUCAAGUGGAUGAAGAUUCCCCCUCCCGUCUUCUUCUUCUGUAAACAUUUCGGUACUGGUGUCUUGAUUGCUACUGCUUUCGUCCAUCUCUUGCCCACUGCCUUCGCCUCCCUCAACGACCCAUGUCUCCCAGAUCUUUUCACCGACGACUACCCUGCUCUUCCUGGUGUCAUCAUGAUGGGGUCGCUCUUCUUGCUUUUCCUCGUCGAGAUGUGGUUGAAUGCGGCUACUGGAGGACACUCUCACGGCAGUGCAACGGGUGACGAAUUCAGCGGCGGAGCCAAUCCCCACGCAGCAGCUUUCAACAAUCCUAUCGUUCGACGAAGCUACGACUCGCAGAGAACCAUGGCCUACCCCUCGGAUAAGAAAGGCUGGACCGAGAACGCUUACCCAGUCGACAACUUCCCCUUCCCCAAGGAUGAUCUCGACGCCAAAUCAGAGAUGCCCCCAUGGUUCAUUGUUUUCUACGAGCAGUAUGUUCGCCAGCGUGAGGAGAUGGUGAACAUGAUCAACCGCACUAUGCCUGCCCUUCCAAACUACAACAACCAGGCUCAACAGAGCUCGAGCGCCCAGAACAACUCGUACUUUGAAGAUGACGUCGAGAAGGCAGUUGACCCCAUGGUUCUCAAGAAGCAGUCGAUGCAAAUCACCCUCAUCGAAGGUGGUAUCCUGUUCCACUCCGUCUUCGUUGGAAUGACCAUCUCCAUCACUGCCGAGGGCUUCAUCAUUCUGCUCAUUGCGAUCGUUUUCCAUCAGAUGUUCGAAGGUCUUGGUCUCGGUUCACGUAUCGCUGCUGUUCCUUACCCCAACGGAAGCUGGAAGCCAUGGAUGCUCGUUGUCGCUUUUGGCACUACCGCACCCAUCGGACAGGCCAUCGGACUCUUUACUCGCAGCUCUUACGACCCCAACAGCGCCUUCGGUUUGAUCAUAGUUGGUAUCUUCAAUGCCAUCUCCUCUGGUCUGCUGAUUUACGCCGCGCUGGUCGACCUGUUGGCCGAAGAUUUCUUGUCUGAGGAGGCGCAGCACACCUUGACUGGCAGCGCUAGAACCAAGGCCUUCAUCUACGUACUUCUGGGAGCUGCUGGUAUGUCUAUUGUUGGAGCUUUCGCUUAG